AUGGGUCGUAAGAAAAUAUCCAUUCAACCUAUUUUAGAUGAUCGUUCUCGGAGUGUCACAUUUGCAAAACGAAAGGGUGGCAUUUAUAAAAAGGCUUUUGAACUUUCCGUAUUGACUGAUUGCGAGGUUUCAGUUACCAUAUAUGAUCGAAAACGCCGUCUUUAUGUCUUUUCUUCUCAUGACUUUCAACGAACUUUAAAUAAUGUAUAUUCUACCGAUAUCCAUGAACAUCGAACGGGCGCCCAAUUCAUAAAGAAGCAAGAAUUAUGCCCCAUCCCUCCUAGCUCUUCUUCUCUACCUCCUUUGCUCACUCUCAUUUCUCCGGACUCUCAUCAUCUCGAUCAUGCCUCGUCAUCAUCAACCAGCUCCUCUGCUUCUUCCAACCCUACCUGCAUACCAACUUUCACCCAACCGAGACAAAACGAUGAAUCCAUGACCCUUCCUGUCAAUCACUACAUGUAUCCUUAUACCCAGAGCGAGAAUCACCUUCCAAAUUCUACCCUUACUAACAAAACCCUUGCCUCUACCUAUGCUUACAACGCUCAAAAUCAUUACCAAAAUUUGGCUCCUGUUCCUGCAAGUCCAGUUCACAACAACUUUAAUCCUUCUUUCGACUCCCGCUCCAUCGAUACCCAUCUCGCUCUUUCCCUCAACCAGGUGGAUACAGACCAUGCUCAUACUCAUUUAAAUACUCCUCAUUCAUUUAUCUCUACUUAUCCGGCGUCUGUUGGCUCCCAAGCUGAUUAUUUUUCUUCUUCCCUUUCAAACCCUAUGAAGACAACGCUUCCAACAGCCUUUGCCCCUCCACCAUCGAUUCCCAACUGGUAUUACAACUACCCUGAAAAAGAUGUUGGCUCCUUCUCUACUACUUCUUAUCCGUAUCAUAACUUACAACGCUUACCAUCCUUGAGAGAUUAUGCUGCCGAUACCCCUGCAAGCCCUUCUCAAACGCUUGCAGGCAGACGCACCUCAGAUGAAGCCCAUCUACCAUAUAGCUAA